CCACUAUCACCAGUGCAGUGAAGAGAAGGAGAAGACCGGCAGCAUUAAAUUCAAAGCGGUGGUUCUGGUGAGAUCUGGGUGACACAAAAUAUGCGGAAAAAGAUAUACAUGGACAUAAAGUUGAGCUCUUGGACGAAAACGGAAAGAUUUCAAACUGAGACUCUGGUUGUCUAUAAAGUGCAGGAAAAUUAAAGCAGCAACACCACCAGAAAUUAUGGCUUUCGAGGAAGAGGUAGACGAUAAGAACAUCUCUGAGACAGAACUAUCUAAGAUUCCUCUCAUGAGAGCUUUCGUUGAAUCCAAGGAUCCCUCUGCUAAGGAAUAUGAUGAUUUGACGAUCAGAAGAUUCUUGCGCGCUCGUGAACUAGAUAUAGAAAAGGCUUCAUCAAUGUUCCUGGAGUUCCUGAAAUGGAGAAGCUCAUUUGUUCCAAAUGGUUCUAUUUCUCUAUCAGAGGUUCCAGAUGAACUUGCCCAGAACAAGAUGUUCAUGCAGGGAUUCGAUAAGAAAGGACGUCCCAUAACAGUUGUCUUUGGAGCAAGACACUUUCAAAACAAAGUUGGUGGUCUGGACGAAUUCAAACGUUUUGUAGUGUACUCUCUUGAUAAACUGUGUUCAAGGAUGCCAACUGGUGAAGAGAAGUUUGUAGGUAUAGGAGAUCUUAAAGGAUGGGGAUACUCAAACUGUGAUAUCCGUGGUUAUCUUGGUGCUCUAAAAAUUUUGCAGGAUUAUUACCCAGAAAGGCUGGGUAAGUUAUUCAUAGUAAACGCACCCUCCUUAUUUAUGACGGCUUGGAAGAUUGUUUACCCUUUCAUUGACAAGAAAACCAAGGAGAAGAUUGUGUUUGUGGAGAACAGUACGUUAAAAUCAAGAUUGCAGGAAGAUAUAGAGGAGGAUCAGCUUCCGGAGACAUACGGGGGAAAGAUGCCAUUAGUCCCCAUCCAGAAUUGCUAGUUAAUAACAAGCAAUCUCAAUUAAUGUGGGGGAAAUCAAAAUAAUCAUAUUUUGUUCCUUUGUAUUUAUGUGGGCUUGCUAAUUUCUUCUUCCUUUACAUAAAUCUGUGUUGUAUGGGAUGCCAUGUGAGGAUAUGAUAUACUAGAAUUAUAUAAAAGUGCCGGUUUCUUUUA